AGAGGGGAGGCUCCGGGGCCGUACGGAAGUGACGUUCCACACUUCAAACGGAAGCAAAAGAGAUUUCGAGAAAGAUUCAGAGGCAAGGCGAGUGACGGGUUGGAGAGUUCAUUCACGCGCCGGGUUGUCCGUGCUUGAUCCGACCUCGCAGCGAAGAUGACAACUAUAGACUACAGCGUGUGGGAUCACAUUGAAGUAUCUGAUGAUGAAGACGACACUCACCCCAACAUCGAUACCCCCAGCCUGUUCCGUUGGAGACACCAGGCCAGGGUGGAGCGCAUGGAGCAGUUCCAGAAGAAGCGGGAAGAGAUGGAGAAGGGGCUGACGGAGUCCAAGCGGAAGACGGCGGAGCUGCAGAAGAAGAUCCGGGAGCUGGAGAUCUCGGGCACGGACGACGCCAAGGCGGAGCUGCCGAAGCUGCAGGCCGAGGAGCAGCAGCUGAGGAAGGAGGAGAAGAAGUGGGAGAAGAAGCUGGACGAGCACCGCAGGGAGGAGAAGAAGCAGCCCUGGAAUGUGGACACCCUCAGCAGGGAGGGCUUCAGCAAGAGUGUGCUCAACGUCAAGCCGGAGCAUAAGGAGGAGACGGAGGAGGAGAAGGAGCAGAAGCACAAGACCUUCGUGGAGAAGUACGAGAAACAGAUCAAACACUUUGGUAUGCUACGGCGCUGGGAUGACAGUCAGAAGUACCUGUCAGAUAACCCCCACCUGGUGUGCGAAGAGACGGCCAACUACCUCGUCAUCAUGUGCAUUGACCUGGAGGUGGAGGAGAAACACGCACUGAUGGAGCAGGUUGCCCACCAGACCAUAGUGAUGCAGUUCAUCCUGGAGCUAGCCAAGAGCCUGAAGGUGGACCCCAGGGGCUGCUUCCGGCAGUUCUUCACCAAGAUCAAGACGGCCGACCAGCAGUACCAGGACGCCUUCAACGACGAGCUGGAGGCCUUCAAGGAGCGCGUGCGGGGCCGGGCGAAGAUCCGGAUCGAGAAGGCCAUGAAGGAGUUCGAGGAGGAGGAGCGGCAGAAGCGCCUGGGCCCCGGGGGGCUCGACCCUGUCGAGGUCUACGACACGCUCCCACUGGAGAUGCAGAAGUGCUUUGAUGAGAAGGACAUACAGCUGUUGCAAGACGUCAUCAGCAAAAUGGAUCCGACGGAAGCCAAGCACCACAUGCAGAGAUGCAUCGACUCCGGGCUGUGGGUGCCCAACUCCAGGACAGAGGGAGCGGAGAAGGCGGAAGAAGAGGAGCCGGUGUACGAGGAGGCGAAAAAGGAGGCGGAAGAGGAAAAGAAAUAAGGAAGAGACUCGGCCAACACUGAACUGCCCCUUCCCCCGGCACCCUUUAUUUUUCUACAACCCUAGACGUGCCCCUUCACCCCAUCCCUCCUCAGGUCGCGCCCUGCUCUGCGGCCUCCUCGCCGUCGUGUGUGCGUGCAGGCCCCGCCCCGCCCCGCCCCGCCCCCUGCCUGUCGUUCCCACCUGAAAGAGAAGCUGCUGGCUGUCCUGGCACACUGGGAGAAGGUUGGCUUUUGCCAGGUAGAAAAAGCACUGUGGUAAGGAGUUGCCCUCCUGCCGAGGACCAGCCAUUGUGGAGGAAAUCCUAAAGCCGUAUUUUUUAGGUUUUUAUUUUGCUCAUUGGCGUUUGUUUGUUUGUUUGUUUGUUUGUUUGUUUGUUUUCCCUCUGCCAUCGAGUCCAAAGCCCGGUGCUCUCCUCUGAGCGAUCUCGGUGUGUGUUUGGCGUGCUGGUGGCUUUGGGGAGCGGGUCUGAGAGCUGGCAAGAGGCAGCUGCAGUUGUGGCUCUUUCCCGGGCUUGUGCUCAGACACUUUGAGCCAUUCCAGGUCUUCCUGCAGCCUGCAGCCCCUUGUAUUUAAACCAGGGCUGGGCAGCUCCGGUGUUGGAGGUGCAGCAGGGUUUGAGCACCACCUCCGAUCUCCGUUGCUUCGGUCGACUAAUUGGAAAAAUCAAUUUGCCCCUUUUCUUCACUUUCUUUCCUAUUUGACAAAGGGCAUAGGAAAACCUGCAUGAUAUGUGAGCCAUGAGUAGGGGAAUAUAUCAAAUUAAUGUUUUAGCUUAAUGGACUCGUACUGCUUUCUGCCCCGUCAGAACAGUUUAUAUAAGAGGUCUGCUGCAUGGAACACCCGGGAUGGAUCAAACCGCUCCACAAAAGGAACCCUACCAGUGUGUCUGUUGUGAUGCGGAAUUGGACACUAAAGUGAGGUGACUUUAUGUUUGGCAUGAAUCCAGGGCAUCAAAGUUGUGAAUUUAUUUGCAUUUGUUAAUCUGUUUGUUAACUGCAAGCUACUGCAUACAGCAUAUACUGUUAUAUUUAAAUACCUGGGAUGAAGGCUUGCGGUUUUUGUGAGCAUAUCCACGGAGAGUAAAUCGAAAACGUCACACUGAUGUUUGUUUUAUAUGUAUUGGGAGCGUUUCUUAAUAGUCGGGGUAGAAAGAAUGACUAGCUACAGGUAUGCUACUGCUAGAAGACCGAAUCUACAGAUUCCUGUAGUGUAAGCAGUGUGCUCUAGAAGAUUACUUUCUUCACUUGUGGACUGUGGAAUCUCUUCUAAAUCCAUCAGGCUAAUGGAAAUUUCUAUCUGUUUUGUGUAUGAAAGCGAUAGAGAAACUGCCUGUGCUUGACUUUUUAAUGCAAAUUUUGACUGGUUCUCUGACCGCAGAGCGUCCUUGUGUUUUGCUUGAUCUGUAAUUAGUUCAUUCCAACACCAACAUGUGUGGCAGUAGCCCCAUAAUUAAACACAAAUAAAAGCCUAUGCUUUCACUCAAGAGUUGCAUACAUCUCUGUAACUGUCGAAAAGGUUUCCACUCAUUUAAUUGGUUCUGUUCCUAAAUCCUGGUUUUUGUUUUUGUCAAUGUUGUUUUUCAAACAUGACUUAAAAAGAGAAUCACCAAAUGUCAAAAUAUAACAGCAAUUGGAUAUUUUAAGCAUUAUAAAAUGCUGAAUGCACAUGGUCUUGUUUAUAAUCAUUUUCAUUCCCAAAUCAAUUGUUAUUUUUUGUGUAAUAAAAUCCAUUUCUGGAGUAUUACAGAAAUCAUUUGCUCAUCUGGAAGUGAGGACUCUUCUGCCGUAAAUAUAUUGUGAACUGUGCCUUCAGAAAUGCCAUCAAUUGUCUCUCACGUGAAAAAUAGUAAUAGCGGGUCUGUUUAGAAAAAUAUUUUGUGCAAGGAAAAAAUACACUGAAACUUAAGCCUUUUGUCUCUCAUUUCCCCUUGACAUUGCAAAGCAGUCAAUUCACUUUACUGCUGUAAACUGUAAGGAAACUGAUGAAAUAUUGUAACUUCAGGACAUUUAAAUUGACAUUGAAUAUGUCACAGACGACUGCAAACAUUUUUUAUGGGCUGGUUCAUCCCCAGUACUGAGGGCAGUAAUAAAUCUGAGUGAAUUUCCAUUGA